AUGUUGGGACUGUUGUCGAAGCUGGUGUCGCCGGCCAAGCCCAACCCAGAGGCCGCGGGUGCGGAGGGCGAAGACUUCUACUUUGAGGAGUUGUUGCCUCUCUUGCAGCACGAUUGCCUUCGGGUAGUGUUCUACCAAGAGCGUGCAGGCCAGGGCAGUGCCGAGCUGCUCUUCGACUCGCACGCCUCGCGAGGCCGAGAUAAGGCAUCAGACAAGGACAAGGGCAAGGACGGCGCUAAGGCUGCUGAUGCAGCACCAUCCCCGCUCAAGACCCUCUUCGCCUCCUAUCUCCCCUACUACUCUGACCACUUUGUGCUGAUGGCGAUGGGCAAGUUGGACUCGGAGGCCGACUUCACGCAGCGCGUGCAGCACGACCUCAAGGCCCGCACGGCGCAGGCCGGCCAGGCCUACUGCCUGCUGGCCGACGUGGCCAACCUCCGAUGCCAAGUCUUCUGCCAGGGCUCGAGCGCCGCCUCGGCAACGCCGCUUUCGCCACGGCCGGGAGUACCCGCCGGCGGUGCUGGUGCUGGUGGCGCGGUGGUGACCAUGAGCGGCCGCACGGCCUGCUCGGACUUUGUCCGCGAGAGCCUGGUCGCCACCGAGGGCCUCUGGAAGGCCGGCCUGCCACCAGAGGGCUGUAUCCAGUACCUCGAGGACCGACUACAGCAGUUGCUGGACCUGAGCCGCAUGUUAGGCGAGUACCUGGGGACGCUGCCGGUGCCGCAGGCGGGCCAGGCGGGCACGACGCUGGCUGAAGCCGCGAGCCGGCUCGGGCUGACGUUCCCCGACGCCAAUCUCCUCCUGUCGCUCACCCUCGCCACCGCCCCGACCUCCCUGCGCUCCUACCCGCUCGCCGCCGACGGCGUCAACCUGCCCACCCUCGUCCACCACCCAUCAUGA